AUGGGUAUGACACUCUAUGAGAAAUCACCAAUCUAUAGGGCAACGGUAGAUCGUGUCGAUUCGAUAUUUCAACAAUAUACAGGAUAUAGUUUGUUGGCGAAGAUCAAAUCGAUGCCACUCGAUUCACAAGAGAUAUUCAUUCAGACAAUGGCACAACCUUCAUUGCUAAUGUUUCAAAUUGGAAUCAUUGAGCUCUAUCGAUAUUAUGGAAUAGAACCAUCGGUUGUUGUCGGUGUCAGUUUCGGUGAGAUUGCAGCUGCCUAUGUAGCCAGAUCUAUCACACAGGAGGAGGCAGUCAGAAUCAUUUACUAUCGAUCGAAUUUCUCGCAUCGUACAAUGGGACUUGGUAAAACGAUAAUCAUCAGAUCGAAUCUAGAGGAUAUGUUGAACAGGUUUCGCGAAUCUAAAAUUUCAACGCUAUUAUCCGAGAGAAUGGAAGAGGUAUCUAGAGUUUCAAGGAGUUCAUCUAUACUCUGUGGAAAAGAAGACGAUAUCAUAUUGUUGAAAUCAUUGUUGGAGGAUCAAGGUAUUUCCAGUUAUAUUCUACCACUUCCAGGUACAUUCCAUUGUUCUGCACAAGAUUCAAUUAGAUCAGAGGUAUUGUCGACUUUCUCAGAUAUUCAAGGUCAGGCACCUUGUAGUGAAUCAAUUAAAUGGUAUUCAACCGUAACUGGUCAAUUGAAAUCGGAUGGAAUCAACUCAAGUUAUAUUUAUGAAAACAUUAGAGAACCUGUUAAUUUUGUUGGAGCAAUCGAUUCGAUAGUUAGAGAUAUCAAAGAUAGUGGUGAGAGUAUCGAUAAUUAUAUUUUCAUAGAAAUAUCACCGAGUGCUAUUCUAUAUGAUAUGAUCAAAGAUACUUUACCAAAUACAACAGUAGUUUCACCAGUGUUCAAGAGAAAAGAUGAAUAUCUUUAUUUCCUAUCAUCACUAGCACAGCUAUAUUGUCUUGGAUUUCAAAUGAAUUUUAACUUACAAUUUUCAAAAGAUGAAAUCAAUGUUUAUAAUAAUAAUAAUCAACUUAAAGUAAUAAAUCAACUAUUUGAAUAG